CAAUACUCAGUACCACUCCCUUAAAGUAACAUCUUGAAAACGCAAUAAUGUCAAGAUCCACCAAUAGAGUGAACUAACCUUCUGAUUCUUGCUUCCAAUAGUUGGAACAUGACAAUGUGAUAGUUCAUUGGGAGGAUAUGUAGUGCACUAAUAUAUGCAGCUACACAUGAGUGACAGAAUAGAUUCUAUAUGCUGCUACCAGAUCUCAGACCUUGAUAGACAGCAUCUGGGAGAUGAACUGGAGGGAUUCUACUUGUCUGUAAACCAAACGAUGCUGUCCCGUGCAGUUCCUCUGUAUAAAUAGGCCUUGGCAGAAGGCCAAACACAUCAAACCAAAGCUUGGACUCUCCUUCCCAUCUCCUCAGCCACAACACAACAAGAAUUACAUCAACAGAUAUGGCUUGCCACCAAAGAUCAAUUAGCUUGCCUUCUAGGACUCACUCCAAAGUUGAAGAAGAGCUUCACAUCGUAGAGGCAUCCAUCUCUUCAACCUCGAUGACCAUUGAGAUCCUCUCCGAUGGUUUAAAGAGGCUUGAGGAUAUCUACAGCUCUGUUGAGGGCAUCAUGUGCCUGCCUAGCAACCAAAUUUGCUCAUCCCAGCAAAGGAAGUUGUUGGAUGGAGAAAUGGAAUGCUCCCUUGAGCUACUGGAUCUCUGCAAUGCUAUGCAUGAGGUGUUUGCUGAGUUGAAGGCCAUCAUCCAAGAUAUGCAAGUAUCUCUUAGAAAAGGAGAUGAUGCAGUUGUUCAAGCUAAGAUCCAGUCAUACAUUCGCUUGAUGAAGAAGGCAAAAAAGCAUUUCAAGAAGACUGUGAAGAAGGUUACCUCAGACAAGGAGGAUGACAAGAUGGUCAAGCUCUUGAGCAAGGCUAGAGAGAUCACAACCUCUGUACUUGAGUCAUCAAUGGACCUCUUAUCGAAGCAAAUCGCAACACCAAAAAUGUCUAUCAUCUCCAAGGCAUUCCUGAAGAAAAACUCAGUUGUUUGCAGUGAGGAACAGUUGCAGGUGUUAGAGUGCUGCAUCGGAGAUCUUGAGGCUGGGGCUGGACUUGUGUUCAGGAGAUUGGUCCAGAGCAGGGUUACUCUCCUUAACAUUCUUAGCUCAUAGAUACU